AUGUCACGUGGGGAUUCCGGAUAUUAUUGCUCUUUAAAUAGCCCGAAAUCAGAAACUGACGAUAAAGAUAGCUAUGAUGAUUUGAAUGAUACCAGGGAGGAUAACGAAGGCUACAUAAUUAUGCGAAGUUCAAUGCCAUAUUGGCCUAAUGAACAAAAAAAUGACAACUCUGUUGGUAAUAAUCGACACACAUUUCACACUCUACCAAAUUAUACUACUAUGGGAAAUGACCCUCCACCACCUUUACCAACAACAAAUCAUCCACUCUUUCCUUCAUUGCAACAACCACCUUCAUGUGAUAUUAAUCAAUCAGAAACUGAUACUCAAAAAAAAUCACUAAAUUCACCAUUACUUAAUGUUCCAAAUGUUUCAACGUCUGAUUCAAUUGGAGAUGAAGAACAAUUUGUUAGAACUCUUCGACGAAAAGCUUCUUUACAAUCUUUACAAAAUAAUAAUCAUCAUGUAUCGCCAUCGGCAUCUUAUAGAGUAAAAGCUAAAUUGCUACGUAAUCGGCAGGUGACACUUAUCGUUACUGAAUUAAUUGAUAGUUAUUAUGAUGAGGAUAAUGAACCAAGUCCAACUCCUGAAGAAAUUGCAGCAAGAAACCGUAAACGUGAAGCUGCAGUUUCAGAAAUUCUUACCACCGAAAGAAAAUAUGUCGAUGGUUUAGAAAAACUUGUUAAUUUCUUUUUACUUCCUUUACGGGAAAUUUGUCAAAAAACAAGUCAAAAAAAUGGUUUAUUAUCUAUUAAACCUAUCGCUAGUUUGGAAGAUAUUUCUGCAUUAUUCGGUAAUAUUGAACAAUUAUUGAUUCUACACAAGUCAUUGCUUAAAUCUUUGGAAGAUAGAUAUCGAUCAUGGAGUCCUGCAGAAAAGAUUAGCGAUAUAUUCUUACAAACUGCUCCAUUUUUAAAGAUGUAUAUAAUUUAUCUUAAAAGUUUUCCACGAGCAAUAGCGACAAUGGAACGGCUUAAUAAAACUAGUAAAGAAUUUAAAAAAUUUUUAUUGUCAUGUCAAUCGAAACAAGAACUAGGUGGAUUAACAUUUAAUUCAUUUUUAAGUCUGCCGAUUCAACGAAUUCCACGAUACAAAUUGUUAUUAGAAGCUUUGUUAAAGCAUACAGAUGAAUCACAUCCGGAUUUUAUAGACCUCCAAAAAUGUGUUCGACAAAUUAAUAUAAUAGCAGAUGAAGUUAACGAAAAAAUGCGGGAUGCUGAAAAUCAACAAAAAGUAUUAGAGAUCCAAGUAAAAGUAGAAAAUAUACCAGACAUAAUAAACCCUACCCGACGAUUCAUACAUAGUGGUGAUCUUUACAAAGUUACACCUCUAUUUACAUCAACAAAACCUUACUUUUCAUCCACUCAAGAAAUACGAUCACAUUUUUUAUUUAAUGAUUUAUUAUUAUUUUGCUCAAAUUCUCAAGGAGGGAAACUUACAUACAGAGGUCAACUCGAUUUAAAUAAUUGUUCGAUCCUAGAUAUUGAUGAUGACGCGUCAGAUAUGCCAUUUUGUUUUCAAAUAAUUACAAAAACGGCUAAAGGUGACGUAAGGCAUACCGUUCGCACAAAUACUGGUGAAGAGAAAGCUGAAUGGAUGGGAAAAAUUCAUUAUGUAAUAUCAUCUUUGCAAAAUGGAAUACAAACGUCUUAUAAUAUUAAUGGGAAACGUCUUAUUCCUAUUCGUCAACAACCAAUACUCGACAAAGCUCCUUCACAACUCGGCGUAACCUCGUUAACAAACCGACGUCCAUCACACGCGUCAGAUAUGUAUAUAUCAUCAGACUUACUAAAUAUUGAGACACAAAGUGUAACGAACGUAGAAUCGAAAAACGCUAAAGGAACUACUAAACAAUUUAAACCACGAUUAACAUUAAAAACAUUAAGACCACAGAUGUCACAUGAUACAUUGAAACCAAAUUC